AUGCAACCUGUGCGAAAAGUCUCUGAAAGGAAUGGAAGCGUUGAAAAAGCACCAAAAGCAUGUCCAUGGCAAGGUGGCCAAGUUCAAAUGCGGUGCCUGCGGGAUGCUAUUCUUCUCUGGUCCAGAUCUCGCAACUCACAAGGAGAAGAAGAAUCUGCCGCCUCUAGAGGGAAGAUGGGAAACUUUUGGCCGGAAGAUGCAAGCUCCGGUGAGACUCAGGGUCUGGUUUAG